AUGGGUAUGGUGACUCCACAAGCUACAGUACCGUCCAGGGCUGAGAUAAUCCCAAUCGAAACAAACCUAACUCCUGUGACCACUGAACAAGGACAGUCGGCUGUACCAGAGCAGGAGCAAACACCCCCACAAAGAGGAUGGACGAAUCUAUUUGCUGGCAAUCGCAGUGCGAAAAAUGGUAUGGCAUUAUCUUUUAUCCCAUCUGAAAUUGUAAAUGGCAAAGUUGUGGUUAAAAUGGUGCAAGCUGAAAUUGAACAAGAAAUUGAAAAAUGGAGUAGGGCAUUAAUCGUGUAUGUGGUAGGCGAAACUCCAGGAUACAAUUAUAUGAAGAGAUUCAUAGAGAAAACAUGGGCACCAGUGAGUGAACCAGCAGUCUAUUACCAUGAUGGUGGAUAUUACAUUGUUAGGUUUCAAUCAAAAGAUGAGAUGAAUGAAAUCCUAUACUCAGGGCCAUAUUCUAUUAAUAAUAAACCUCUGAUUAUCAAGGCCUGGACCCCAGAUUUUGACCUCAAUGAUGAGUUCUUGACAGAGAUACCAUUGUGGGUUACAUUCCCUAAGCUGCCAAUGGGUUUUUGGAGUUGCCCUGCGUUGAGUAGGUUGGCUAGUGCUAUUGGGAUACCUCUAUAUGCAGACGAAUGUACAGCUAAACAGACCAGAGUAUCAUAUGCUAGAAUGUUGAUCCAAGCAAAUGUUACUAAGCCACUACCUGAUGCAGUCACCAUUUAUGAUACAAAGGGAAAAGAACUGGAACAAGUUAUAGAGUACGACUGGAAGCCGGAAUAUUGUGAAGCUUGUCACCAAAUUGGCCAUGUAUGCAGACCUAAACAUCAAGAUAACCCUAAGCAUUAUGAGCAACCUCGAAGAAGAAGAAGAACAAAAAGAAUGCAACAACCGAAUGCUGGUCAACCGAUGCAACCAGCUAAGGCACCUGAGCAAACAAAGGUGCCAACAGCACCAACCCUUUACCUGAGAGGUAGGCGCAAGCAGCACCAACCCUUUACCUGA